AUGAAGUUGACUCCUUUACCUUUCCCGAUUACCUUCAGCUCCAUCUUCUUUCCACUUCUUCUCCUCCGAUCGAUAACCGCCGACGACAACUCACCUGUUCAGUACGAUUCACAGCUUGCUGUCGCCGUCAACUGCGGUUUCCUACACAACUCCACGGCAAUUGACGGCAGACAAUGGCUUGGAGAAACAGAUUGUGCUUCUAUCAUUUCUUUUCAUGGACCUGGAAGUAAAUCAUUGGUCCCUUCUUCCUCCGAUGACCAUCGAUCACAAUCUCUCGAUCCCACUCCCUACAUGACAGCUCGAGCUUCAAUGUCAUCCUUCACCUACACCUUCCAUGUCGGCUCCGGCUACAAGUUCAUCCGCCUUCAUUUCUACCCACCUUCUUACUCUUCUUUCAAAAGUUCAACCGCCUUCUUCACCGUAAAAUCAGGUCCGUAUACUCUCCUCAACAAUUUCAGUGCCUUCGAUUCUCUUAGCCUGAAAUCUAUCGUAAAAGAAUUCACCCUUUAUAUCCCUGAAGACGGUAAACCCUUAUCAAUUACUUUCUCCCCCUUAAGAGCAAACAUUCCUUCGGAUGGGACAUUUGCAUUUGUUAAUGGAAUUGAAGUUGUUCCCAUGCCGGCUGGACUUUACUACACCAUGGAGGAAGAGGUAGAUGGAGAUGCAGCGGCAUAUGUUGCAGGGCAGAAGUGUCGAUUUCACCUGGGGAAAGCCACUGCAAUGGAGAUGGCCUAUCGGUUAAACAUUGGUGGCAUCAAACUUUCAUCUGUUCAUGACCCAAGUAUGUUCAGGGAGUGGACGGAUGAUUCAAACCAUAUCAUAGAAUCAACUGUUUUUCCCAUCACUUUCACAAAUCGGAUCAAGUAUACGAGGAAAACAUCUAAAGAUAGUGCACCACAAAGACUUUACCAGUCGUCUUGGUCAAUGAACCGAAAUUUGCAACACGGUGAAGGAGUUAGUUUUACAUGGAAGUUGCCUGUAGAUUUGGGUUUCAGAUAUCUAAUUAGAUUGCAUUUUUGUGAGCUUGAUUAUGACGUGAAAGAGAAUGGGCAGAAAGAGUUCAGUAUUCUCAUAAACAAUCACAUGGUUGAGCCUAGAGGAGACUUGAUCAAGUGGGGCAGAGAGAUUGGAGUUGCUAUCCAUAAAGAUUACUUGACGACAUUAAGAGGAGACAGAUUAAAGGGCAAGAGAGAUCUACUUGUAGCUUUGUACCCAAGAUAUGACGAGCAAUCGACUGAAUUCAUUGACUCAAUUCUGAAGGGGAUUGAGGAGGGAAUCCAGUUGAUGCAGCGUGCGUGGCUAGGAUGA